AUGUGCUUCCGCGAGCGUCCGUCGGUGGAGGAGGCGUGUUCUCUAAUACGAAGACUGCGAAGGUCCCACCGCUCCGAGCGACUUUACUGUCGAUCACGAAAACACAAAUCAGUCCGUCCCGUUCUCCCAAUGUGCCCGUAG